AUGGCUGCUCUUCGUUCGGGCGGAGCCGGCUCAUCUCCAAAUGGGAUGUCCUCGCCACCUCCUGCCGGUGCGAAUGUAGCUCCGCGACAGGCGGCACUGGCCAAUCGACUCAACUCCGCUCUAGCUGCAUCCUAUGCGGACUCGGAAUUCAGAGAUGCGCUGGAGACAUUGGACAGUAGGGGGAUCCAAAAUACCGCGGAGACCAGGAGAACCCUUCGACUUGACGUCCAGAAGGAAGUUAUUGAUUCCAAUGGCAAGAUAAUACAGGAUUUCGGCAGGGUUGCUGAGCAACUCUCUCGAAUCGGCGAUGUAAUAGCCAACCUCAAUACGAUAUGUCAGGAUAUGCGGGAGCGGUUGUCAGUGGCUCACAAGGAGACUGGACCGGUGCUUGAAGAAGCGUCUACCUUAACGGCUAAGAAAGAAGAAGCGGAGACGAAACAGGCCCUACUUAAUGCCUUCAACAAACACUUCAUCCUUCCCGAGGAAGACGUGCAAGUUUUGACCUCCCUGUCAGAGCCCGUGGAUGACAGAUUUUUCAGCAUCCUCGGCCGGACAAAGCAAAUACACAAGGAUUGCGAGGUGCUGCUGGGCAGUGAAAACCAAAAGCUAGGGCUGGAGAUUAUGGAGCAAAGCUCCAAGAACCUCAACUCUGCGUUCCUCAAGCUAUAUAAAUGGAUUCAGAAGGAGUUCAAAUCACUGAACCUGGAAGACCCACAGAUUGGAGGAACGAUCAGAAAAGGAAUCAGAGUCCUUGCUGAGAGACCGAGUCUGUUCCAUAGCUGUCUCGACUUCUUCGCCGAGGCUCGAGAAUAUAUUCUGUCCGAUGCAUUCCAUCACGCUCUUACAAUAGCUCUGUCCGGCGAGGGGGCAGAUGCAAAUACCAAGCCAAUUGAGUUUUCUGCGCACGAUCCACUCCGGUACGUGAGCGAUAUGCUUGCGUGGGUGCAUUCCGCUACUGUCUCUGAGCGAGAAGCACUGGAGGCACUCUUUGUUUCGGACGCAGAUGACCUCGCCAAGGGGAUGGAGGCAGGUAUCAAGAGUGAGCCGUGGUCUCGCGGGGAAGAGGGCGAACCCGUAUUUGAUGGCCAGAAGGCGCUACGGGAGCUAAUCACCCGAGACCUAAGCGGCGUUGCUCGUUCGCUGCAGCAAAGAGUUGAACUAGUUGUUCAGGGCCACGAUGAUAUAGUUACUAUAUACAAGGUGGCUAAUCUACUUGCGUUCUAUGAAACGACAUUCAGCAAGCUUGUAGGGGCCGAUUCGGCGCUAGUUGAUACGCUUUCGUCGCUGGAGCGCUUCGCAAUGGAGCACUUUGAAAGCCUGGUUCGGGAUCGGGUGAAGGCUGCUUCGAAUGAUUCCGCUGGCUUACUACCGCCAGACGACCUGAGCCCACCGGAGUACUUUACUGAAUGCAUCGAGAGUCUCGAACAGUUGAUGAAAGCGUACGACUCGUCCUUCAGCCAUGCGGUUCUUAACAAGUCGUUUGGUGAAGGGGAGGAAGGAAACGAGUUCACGCCUAUCCUUCGCUCAACGCUUGAUCCGAUGCUGGACCUAACUAGGAAAUCCACCAAUCUACUCAAGGACAGCUUUUCUCGAACAAUAUUUGAGACUAACUGUAUUCUUGCUGCGCGUACAGCGGUGUCGGCGUAUGAAUUUGCAUCCUCGACUCAUCUGGGCAGCUUAUCAAAUACCCUCGCCAAUCUACGGGCCGAGCUGCAUAAGUUCCAGCACGAUUUCUUACUGGAGAAGUCAGGAUUGGAUACCCUACUUCGUGCUCUUGAGGGAUAUAACGCCCGUAGCGAGUCGGACAACAACAGCAGCAAGAACAAACUAGAAACCGUUGCCAAAUUGCCUGAGUUCCAGCCGGCUGCAUUAUCGGCUGUGAGCCAGCAGCUAGAUGACUUCCUACCUGCAGCGCUAGUUGAUGCAACUGACAACCUCAAACGGGUGAACAGUGCUGGACUGGUGAAAGGGGUAACGGAGGAGGCAGUGGAGGCGUUUGCGAGCGACUUUGAGUUUAUCGAGGGGAUGAUUGUUGGUGCUGAUGAGGCGAAGGCAAGCGUUGGAGAUACAGAUAAAGAUGCUGGUGAAGAAAGGGAUGAAGAGGAGGAACAGGAGUGGAGUUUGAGAGCACUGUUCCCGCGUACAACGGGAGAGAUUAGAGUCCUUUUGAGUUAA